AUGGCUAUGUGUAAGUUGUUCUUGUUAUUAUUGUUGUUGGUCCAAUUCCAUGAGCACGAAGCUUGCUAUGAAGAGGAGAAGAGGAGUCUAUUGAAAAUCAAGGCAUACUUCCAAUCAAAUGGGUAUGCAGACUAUUUUGUUCUACGUUCAUGGGGUGAAGAUGAUCCAGACUGUUGCCGCUGGGAGAGUGUCAAGUGCGCCAACACCACGGGUCAUGUCAUCGAACUUUCUCUCGGCAAUGUGGGCGAAAGUGUUUAUGGAGACAACUUACCAUCUAUGCUUAACCUAUCUAUAUUCCAACCAUUUAAGGAGUUAAGGAUUCUCAAAUUAAGUGGGAAUUGGAUUAAUCUGAUUCAGAAGGAAGGUUCAAAUGGUUUGUUGAGACUACAAAAGCUGGAGACUUUGGAUCUUUCUGGCAACUACUUUUCAAAUAACUCUUUACAGUCCUUAAGUGCGCUCACAUCUCUUAAAAAUUUGAUUCUAAGUGACACUCACAUGCAAGGAUCCUUUCCUUUUCAAGAGUUAUCUGUUUUGAAAAACUUGAAGUUUUUGGAUUUGACAUCCAACAAAUUAGAAGGCCCCCCAAAAAUGCAAG